GGUGCUCAGUGGCUAUGCCACAGGGAAGUCUCCUGAAAAGGGCACAUCAGCUUUUGCUCAGUACAGGGAGAACAUUAGCAGGGAGGCAAAGUCUGUUCUCCGUGACAUCAGCAGUCCCUUCGUGGACAUUCUAUUGUCUCCUAGAGAGACCUUGGAAUCCCUGUGAUGUCACCAGUAUCGUUGUGACAACCAAUUCCCUACUUUUUCUCUUAGUGUCCAAAGGAUAUAUCCACAGACAUGUUUGCCCGUCUUCUCAGGCGCUUUGGGAGAGUUGAUGUUGAUAGAGAAGAGUCUAGAGUGAAGCAAACGAAACCUAAAGCGGCCUGCAGACAGACGUCAUCCCCUGAAAAUGUCCUAAACAAGGUGCAGGCCAACGAGGAAGAGGAGAGGCUGAAUAGAGAACUGGAGCUAACUACCAAGGAGAGAAAUGAGCUGACAGAUCGCCUCCUUUAUGUGACAGGUGGAUCCAUGAGCAAGAGCCCCUACUUCAGGCCAAAUCCAUUUUAUGAAAACUUGAAGAUAAAGGAGAAAGAGGUCAUGUCAUUACUGCACAACUUAGACACAAAGAACAUUGAACAUCGUGAGAAAUUUCAGGAGCUCAAGAAGGAGAUUAACUUCUAUCGGUAAGUACUGGUCAGAAGUGCCUAUCACUUGUGGAAUAUCCAUUGCUGCCUCUCUUUGUUCUGGACUGGAGAGCCUGCAGCUCUGGGUCCAUGUCUUCUGCUGUUUAAAUAUCACUGUGUCGUGGGUCUUUUGGACUCAGUUUCAGUUCCAUAAGAGACUGUGACUUAUCACCACAGUGUCUAUGCAUCUUUAGAAGGCUCUGGAUAGAACUACACUGAUUCAGGCAUCAGAGUGUUAUUAGGCCAACGUGCGGCUCUGGGGUAAUACCAGGUUUAACAAAGCUCAAUGUGUGGACCACAUGGUUUGCAUGACCUCCCUUGGUUCUACUGUCCUCUUGUGGUUAUUUGCCGCCUACUAAUUGAUG